GCUGUGAAUAGCAGCUGGCUAACAUGAGCAGCACCGGGGAGGAGAUGGCGCCGCGGACAAACUGCGACCGGACAAUCACACGACAGUCUCCAUGUGUAAACUGAACCCGUUUUAUGAAGGGGAAGGAUUUAGUUUUCCUACGGAUGUUAAGAGUCAACCCCCCAGGGAGAGCUGCACUGCUUCACUCCAUCAUCACGCAUCAAAGCUGAAGCAAAGCAAGGUCAGUGUCUGUGUGGAAACACCUAUUUGACGACUGCGGUGGCGGGGCAGGAGUGCAGAUCUUAGGAAGAUGGCCUCGCCCUUUGUGCCCGUCCCUGUGCCCAUGAACAGAGGCUUGUCAGGUGGUAGAACCAAGCUAAGACGGCCACAGCGAGCUUCGUCACUAGGCAGCGUCUCCAGCUGUUUGGAAGACCCCGGAAAAGGAUUGGGUUCCCAGCGCCAAUCCCGCUGCAUUGACCGGGGUGGCCGCAGCCAGACGCCACCGCCCCUCCAGAGCUCUAUGACACGGACCAGGAUUAAUGGGACUCUGGAGACCUCUGUAGAGUUCUCCAGUUGCCCCCGCUCCAUAUCCGAUCCAGCUGGGAGCCAGCAAGACGAAGAGAGACCCAUCACCCCAACUGUGCUGGGGUAUGAAGUCAUGGAGGAGAGAGCCAAGUUCACGGUUUACAAGGUCCUGGUCAGGAAGACUCCAGAUGAGAGCUGGGUUGUUUUUAGAAGGUACGCAGACUUCUCCCGGAUCAACGAUAAGCUGAAGGAGAUGUUUCCAGGCUUCCGGCUCUCGCUCCCUCCUAAGCGGUGGUUCAAAGACAACUAUGACAGUGACUUCCUGGAGGACAGACUGUUGGGACUACAGGCCUUCCUGCAAAACCUGGUUGCACAUAAAGACAUUUCCAACAGCAUGGCAGUGAGAGAAUUCCUAUGCCUGGAUGACCCACCAGGACCCUUUGACAGUUUGGAGGAGAGCAGGGCGUUCUGUGAGACUCUGGAGGAGAGCAACUAUCGUCUUCAGAAGGAGCUGGUGGAAAAGCAGAGGGAAAUCACCUCCCUGAAGAAGAGGCUGGAGGAGAGGGAGCAGGCCAUCCAGCUACUGGAGAAACACAUCAAUGGCGACUGUGUGAGUCCAGAAUCUCCGUUUGGACUCUCCGCUCAGGGCAGCGAGAGCAGUGCAGAUGCAGAGGUUGAGUCGUCCGCUGCAGAGGCUGAUCAGGAUAUGACUGGCGACACUGGCAGUGCUACUCCAAUCUGAAAAAAAAACGAGCCCCGAAACAUGUGAGUGGCAGAUGUGAGGUCCAGCUGGUGAGAUCCUCUGCCUGUUGGUGCAGGCCAUCACUCAGCACCUCUCCUCCGGUCAUCCAGGUCACCCAGCUCCACCAGCAGAAGCUGGAGCAUUGAGGCCGACGCUGGUUUCUUCCCCCUUUUUAUUUUAAAUUCCUAGUUAGUUUUUUUUCUGUCCUAUCUUCAAGCUUCAUGUUCCAACCUCCCUUUCCCACCUUUCAGAUUAGAACUGCGGUUUCACAUUUCAGCUGGAUCUGAGACAGCCUUUCCAUCUAAAUCUGUGUCUAGGAUUAAAAGGGAAAAAGGAUUUCUACUGAUACAGCCUGCUCCCAUAAUAUACUUUAUCUGGCACCUAGAGAAGACUUCGUUCCGAAGACCUUGUACAACGUGUUACAGGAAUUAUGUUUGAAAUUACAUGGUCCUACUCCUUCAAUGUUAAUAUUGUCUUUAACUGUUGGAGGAUUUCUCCAUACUCCCACUGUGUCCAAAAUUUGACUCACACCACUGAAUGGUCUGAUGACUUUUACAACUGUGACAAUCUACAGAAACCCUGAACCCUCAUUUCAUCAGUUUCUGCAGACGUGCUUUGCCUUAAUGGCGACCAGAGGCCCUUGUGUCUAACCAGUGAAACGACAUAUGGCCAUGUGGCUGCAGGAGAAAGACAGUCUGGAUGAAUGUAACAUCUCAGAAGUGCUAGUAACCAGGUGGGUAUCACGGAGGAUUGACCGCUUUCUGUUUGCUGAUACUUCCAUGUCUAUGUGUUUUACUGCCAGCAGUUGUCCUUGAUGUAGACAGACCUUUCUUAUUUUUUCAGUUUCAAUCAAACUCCUAGAAGUCGACGUUCCCUCAUAUUAUUAGUGCCAAUGCGUCAUUUGUCCUGUGAGACUCCAUAACACGAUGUCCCGAGAGAAAGCCAACGAAAUGUGGCCCAUUGUUUCUUUUCGAGGAAUGUAAUGGCCAAUGUGUACAUUAAUCAAGUCAUUUCCCAUUCGCUCAUGGCUCAUGCAUGCGUCUGUACAUUACCCUAAUGGUUUGCUUCUAGGCGCUGAUUAUGCCCCUUGAGUGCUUGAACAUUUACAACACUAAACCUCUUCUGGCGCCUUAUCUGUUAACAGAGUGGGAGUGUGCCAGGACUCGUUUCAGGUUCCUCGGGCUCUAAUGUGACACAUUUGCAAAAUACACUUUUUUUAAUCUUACCCCUGCUCGAUUUUCUCCUUGCUUUAUUUGCUUAAGGCUUUCAGAUAUCUACCUCUAAAAUAUCUGCCUCCACCCCUCGGCAGCAACUUCAUUCUUCUUAAUCAGGCUAAUUAACAGAUGGCUCUCAGUGGAAUUUGCAUUCAAAAGCAAUUCCACUGAGUAGCCAUCGGUGUGACGGCAGAAGUUUCAGAGCCAGCUUCAUAAAAAUCCACUUGCACAUUGUAAAACUAGCACUGUCUGCAAGGCAAGAUCCCCAAAGAGUACCAGAGCAAGUCUUUUUUUUUGGGGGGGGUGGGGGGGAAUGUACCCAUAAAGAGACUUGGAAACGCAGAAGAAACUUACAGUGCUGCUAGUUUACCUGAAAUAAUCCAACUGGGAGAAACGCAAGCGGGAACAAGGAUAUUUAGAGCCGGGCCUGUCAGUUUGGUUUAACAACACAGCCUUGGGUUUGAAGACAUGGAGGCCAUUGAACCGGUAUUUUAUAAAAAAAAAAGAACCGUGACGCAACUGGCAAAUAAACAUUGAGACGUGUUGCCACUGAAUCAGUACUGAAGACUGUUACCACACCUACAUCAUCCACAGAAGCCAUAUUCUCAGAUGCAAAUAAUUUUUGAGGAUUCAAAUAAUUUUGCUUAAUGUGUGCCGAAUAGUUGCUGCGUUUUUUUUUUCUUUUCCUGCUCUGUCUUUUGAGGAUGAUUAUUGAAGUGUAUUAUAAUCACAGCUGAUGUUGAAUUAUCUCAAGGCCUCGAUCAGGUCAUGUGAUGCACUUUAUGGAUGAAUGGUGAUGCAUGAUCGCUAGGAUAUGUUUUUAGAACUCAAUCUUUAUUUCGAGACAGAAAAGUGCCUUUUCUCACUGAGUCUGUCUCCAUUUCCAACGGAGCUCUGUGAAUAGGUGAUUUAAUGAAUAUGACGUUUUGUUCAUGUUUUUCUUUAUUAAUUCUAUUCAGACAUUAUAAUGUUAAGUGCCUUCGGUAUCUUUCACUUGUUUUUUGCUUUGUGCGAUUAGCUUUAUAGAUUUGUGUCGGACAUGAAAUGUGUUAAAAUGUUAAAAAUAUUGUUUUAAAUGACACCCGUAUGUAUAAGUCAUGAAAUAACAUGGAGUCUAGGUUCACAUAUACACCCAUAGUUGCAUUAUAAAAAGAUUUAUACAAAGAACAUUUGGUAUCACUAUAAAUAGCCCUGGAUUUAACAGGAUAAGUCAUAGACAAAUCUGGUUUGAUGUGGAAACUGUAAAUACACUGUUACACAUGCUUUAACGGAGAGACAUUUUCACAUGCAAUUAAAAAAGAUGAUGUAUUACACAUGUA